AAAAUAGUGUUUUUUUCAUUAGUUGCGUUGUUUUUAAACGCAGCGUGUGUUAAAAGAUAUUGCUAUCAUCAAAUACGACUCAUAUGUUGGAUUUUCAUGGAGUUACAGUUACAGAUCGUUGUUAUAAAUAUAUGUAUAUGUUCAUAACCUAAAAUGUCUAUUAUAUCUGGACAAAGCAAUAUUUCUUCUAUAUUAAAGAAUCCUGCACAUACUAGAAAUAGCCUUUUAGUUCAGACUGCAAAUAGAGUUAGAUUUCAACUUCCUAACUCUAGUGAUAUUAAAACCGUGUUAGAAGGUGUAUUGAAAGGUGACAAUGUAAAGCAAUAUGAGGAAAUUUUGUGUGCACUUCGAGAUUCUGACUUGAAAGAUGAAAACUUAUUUUCUUUCAUUGAGGCAAGUAGAGAGUGUAUAUCAUUAUUAGGACGUGAUGCAAGAUCUUAUGUGGAGGGAAUUUUAAAAGUUAAUUGGCCUUUGCAGUCAAACCAUAUAGUGAAUACAUACCAGACUUUUCUAUUAGAAUUAUUAACGGCACACAAUUAUCAUGUUCCCUUAGCAUUAGAAAAGUUAGUUAGGUUUUUCUAUUUUGAUGGGUGCUGGUUAAAUGGAAAACCAACAGAAGUAGGUUGGAAAGUGUUUUCAUCAAUACAUCAUGUUUUGGAGAAAAUUUUCACAAUUAUUCCAAUAUCAUGUAAUAUUUUCAUGCAAGCAGUAGCAUCAUCAUAUCCUUACUAUAAGAAGAGUUGUGAAGAAAAUGAAUCAUACUUAUUUAAUUUAUUGUCAGUUUUAAAAUAUAAGCCACGCUUGCGUUCAGAAAUUCUUGUAUUAGUAAUUAACAGAUUGAUUAUUCUGGAUGUACAUGCCCCUAAAUCCGAUAUAGAAGAAUGUGAUAUAGUUGAGGAUGGAGAUGAAACACAAUAUGAUAUGGACACUGCAGAUAACGAUAAUUUUCAAAUGAAGCAUCCCAUUGCAAAUACUCUUGACUGUUGUAUGUUACAACUAUUUGAAUUUAUUAAGAAUGAAUGUUAUGAAAAUGAUGAACUCAAUUAUAAGAAAACAGAAAAACUAUAUAAAGACGUUAUUCAAAUAUUUGAGGAUAUCAUAUUACCUACUCAUGCUGUGCAUCAUGUGCAAUUUAUAAUGUUUUAUAUAUGUAGUUUUAAGCUGGUAUUUGCAGAGGCUUUUCUUAAUUUUUUGUGGAAAAAGGUUUCAAAUCCAAAUGUUGCUAUAGUGCAACGACAAGUUUCCAUUUGUUAUAUCGCAAGUUUACUUGCAAGAGCAAAGUUUAUACCAAUUUCAAUGAUCCGAGCCAUGCUUUUUGAAAUGUCGGCUUGGUUACAAUUUUAUGUGAAGCGGCAAGAUUCUAUUGUUGAUACACAUGGUUCAUCACGUAAAGGCGGGGCAUCAGCUCAUGGAGUCUUUUAUACAGUAGCGCAGGCACUAUUUUAUGUUAUUGCAUUUCGACAUAAAGAUUUAACAAAUACAAAGAAAAAUUUAAUAUUUCUUCAAUCAUUAAAUUUAACUAAAUUAGUAACAUGUCCAUUAAAUCCAUUAUAUUGCCUUCCUAUUGUUGCCCAAAAUUUUGCUGCUGUUACACGAGCAGAGCAAUUGGUGUAUUGUUACACAAUAAUGGAACGCAAUGAACGAAAUAAUAUGGCAGUAAUGUAUGGUGAACAAAUUGUAAGAGCACAUGAAAGUCUGGAUACAUUUUUUCCAUUUGAUCCUUAUAUUUUGAGCAGGUCGGGUUUGAUAGUAGAGGAUAUAUAUUUAAAAUAUGAGUCUUCACUUUCAACAAAUAGCAUUGAUUAUAAGCGCUCAGGUUUGCCUAUGGAGGAAGAUGACUUUCUACUAGAUCAAUCAUUUAAUGACAGUGUCUCAAGCACUAAAAAAAAUAAAACCCCUCACAAAUUUUCUUACGGAUCAUCUCCUGGAUUCAAAACCUAA